CUACACUCCAUGAAUUUUACGAAAAUUCAGACGGACAUAUCCACUGCAGAGAGAUCUGGGAUUUUUCCAAACCUUUUUGUAGUUUAGAUACUCAAUUCGUCACUUUAAUUUUGUUUAAAACAUUUAAACAAUCAAAAUUGAAGCAAGUAUUAAAAUGGUGGCCAAAGAAGAAAUAACCAUCAGUGAAGCUGAAGCAGCACUUUACGACCGGCAAAUCAGACUUUGGGGACUGGAAGCACAGAAAAGACUUCGUGCAGCUCGAGUUUUGCUCAUUGGGCUAGGUGGUUUAGGUGCUGAAAUCGCCAAGAACUUGACUCUGUCGGGAAUCAAAUCCCUAACCUUGCUGGAUCACAAUGUUGCUGUUGCUAAUUCUGCCAAUUUCCUUGUUCCCCGAGAACUUGUUGGAAAGAAUGUGGUUGAAGCUUCACUGGAAAGAGUGCAGCGUUUAAACCCAAUGGUGGAAGUCAUAGCUGACCAAGACAAUGUUACCACUAAGAAUGAAGAUUUCUUUAGUGGUUUUGAUGUUGUUUGUGCAACUAGAUUGGCAGUUGAAGAGUCUUUUAGGGUCAACAGUAUCUGUCGCAAGCACAGCAUUCCAUUCUAUUCAGGGGAUGUGUUUGGAUUCACUGGUUUCUUCUUUGUCGAUCUGCUUGAACAUGAAUAUGCUGAAGAAGUAAAUGUUGCUGCUCCAGCUGCCAAUGAUGCUUGCUCUUUGAAGACAAAAGCUGACCAAAGUGAAACAAAAACCGUCAAGCAUAUUCUCAACUAUAUUCCUUUACAAGCAGCAUUUGAAGCUGAUGCAGCAGCUCAGCUCAACAAAAGAAGUUGGCAGCGUAUCAAGAGCCAUUUCAUCAUGAUGAAAAGUUUGCUGAUGUUCCGCUCUCAAAUGAAACGCGAUCCAGAAGUUGCAAACCGUCAGUCUGACAUUGCGAAAUUGUGUGAAAUCCGGGAUCACAUUCAACACGAAAUGAAACUGGACAACCAAAUAAUUGACAGCUGUGCAUACGAGGUGGUAUUUGGCGAACUUAGUCCAGGGGCUGCGGUUGUGGGUGGAGUUUUGGCUCAAGAAAUUAUCAAAGCCGUGUCCCACAAAGACGCACCCAUCCGCAAUCACUUUUUCUUUAACGGUGCCACAGAUUUCAACGGUGUUGUCGAAGCCAUUGGAUUUUGAACGGAUUUUGUAACAAUCUUCCCUUUUUUUUUUUUCUUAAAUCAAUCAAUCUAAUUCAUUUUUCUUUGUGUUCGACAUCUGGAUUCCCAGUAAACUCAGUACACAAGUGGUUUAUCACUCA